GCCUGCCUGCCUGCCUCGCUUUCCAACCCCUUCCACUUUGCUGUGGAACAAGGCAUAGCACAGCCUCGCCCCGGUCACUCGUUCAUCCAGCACCAAGCAUUCACCAACUCGGCCAUGGCUGCCACCGACUCCAAGCCCACGCUGGCCACGCUCAAGACGCCCGUCUCGGCCACGUACCCGUCGGAGCUGCGGUCGCCCAUGGUCACGUCGGCCACGACGCCCAUGUUUGCCAACAUCAAGCGCGAAGACUCGGACCUCAAGACGCCCAUCACGCCUCCCACGGCCUACCUGGAGUUUCUCAAGAACCUGUCGCCCGUCCUGUCGAGCCCCAUGUCGACGGGCACCAGCUGCAAGUUUGUCUUUGGCGAGAGCCGGCCCACCUCAGGCACGUCGUCGGCCUCGAGCGCAUCCUUUACCUCGACAUGCGCCCCAGCCGACAAGGACUCGCCAGCGUCGUCGAGAUGCAGCAGCUGGAGCGAGUGCGACACGGCCAAGGACGACUGCAAAGAGCCACCAAUGUCGGCGCCAGCGACCAAGAUCCAGACCGUCACCAUCCCACCUCCAUCACCCUUUAGGCGGCCGCACUCAGCGCGGACGCCCCGCCUGUACAUUCCCCAAUCACCCUAUUCGCCUGCUGCGGUAAGGUCGCCUGCAAGCGCAAAGUCGAUCCAAUCACCCUUUUCGGCCGUCUCGUCGCCCAAGACAUGGGAGGCAGACAAGAAGACGGGGCGGUCGAGGCGUGUCAGUGUGCGCGAAGUGGUGACGAGGACAGUGACGUAUAGUCGCACACCGGUGGAUGCAAAGGCACCACAGUUUCCGCAGAUUGACCCCGCACCUCGCGGCAAGAGGAGGAAGGUUGAGUAGAGAGAGAGAGAAAGAGAGGGAGAGAGUAUGUAUGCGUUGUUGUUACGCAAACAUGGUGCUUUGCAUGGGGGUGCGUGCGUGCGUGCGCGCGCCGCAACCGCUCGUGCUACACUACUUCCUACUGUAUGGGUGCUCCACCAGCUCUGCAUUGGCGCCCAUCCACGGCGCUUAAUUUCUAUUCGUCCAACGCCACCUCUAUACUCGACUUGGAGUACACACACACACACACACACACUUACACACACACUUACACACCCGGCCAUUCAACUAAUUACUCGGGUCCAGGCGAUCCGGUCGCAAGCAUUUCCAUUCCAACAACAACAACACCACCAACAAACAUCACACCACAUGAUGCCCAUUAUUUUACAUGGCCACAAUCUUACCGCAAUUACC